AAAAUACAGAUUCGACUAUUACCGGUUGUACGUAAUAUACGUUAUUGAAAUCCUACAUGAAAAAAGGAAUUGAACUUCUUCGUAUUUAAUUUCCGAUGUUCUGAUUUAAAGAUCAACUAUAAUGUUAACAGUGUCAUUAAUUUCAUCUAAACGUGUGUGAUCAAGUUAAUUAAAAAUAAAGUGUAAUAAACAACAUAAUUCUUUGAAAUAUUUUAAGAAAGUACGAAUGUUUUAAUCGCGUUUUAACGCUACAUUGCUUUGUCGUUUUUAACCUAAAUCGAGAUGGCUGACUCAGAACAAGAUUUCGGAGAUCGUGGAGAUAAUGACAAUUUAAAAACUGAUAAAUUAUUUAUCUUAAAGAAAUGGAAUGCUGUAGCUAUGUGGAGUUGGGAUGUGGAAUGUGACACUUGUGCAAUUUGUCGAGUUCAAGUAAUGGAUGCAUGUCUUCGGUGUCAAGCGGAGAGCAAAAAAGAUGAUAGUCGACAGGAUUGUGUCGUCGUCUGGGGAGAAUGCAAUCAUUCAUUUCAUUAUUGUUGCAUGUCACUUUGGGUGCAACAGAAUAAUCGUUGUCCAUUAUGCCAGCAAGAAUGGUCCAUUCAACGAAUGGGAAAAUAACUAAAUCAAUCAAGCGAAACUUCAAUACUUAUUUUUUUUUUCCUUUUUGUUUUCAUUUAUUUUUUGCUUAUUUUUCCUUCUUUUCUUUCUCCUCUCUUUCUUUCUCUCUUACACACACAUACUCUAAGUUGAUUAACUUACUCAUUUUCACUCAUAAAAAUUUGCAUUUUUCAUGUUUUUUUCUUCAAUUUUUAAAUUUCAUGACUUAAUAUUUUGAUCGUAAAAUAAUAAAUCAAUAGUAAUUUAUAAAAACAUCAAUACAAUAAUAUUAUAUUAUAUUCAAUUUCAAAUAAAACACAAAACUAUUUAUUUAAGAAAAUA